AUGGAACUGGCUGAUCUGUGCAGCAAGAGCGAACGUUACAUUGGCACCGAAGGAGGCGGCAUGGACCAGGCCAUCUGUUUCCUGGCAGAUAAAGGAACCGCGAAGCUGAUAGAGUUUAAUCCGCUGAAGGCCACUGAUGUGAAGCUUCCAGGAGGAGCCGUUUUUGUGAUUGCAAACAGUUGCGUUGAAAUGAACAAGGCCGCGACUUCUCAUUUCAAUAUUAGGGUGAUGGAGUGUCGUCUGGCUACAAAGCUUUUAGCAAAAUCCAGAGGCCUAGACUGGAGAGCGGUGGCAAAACUCCAAGACGUGCAAAGGAAGCUGGAGCUAAGCUUGGAGGAAAUGCUGGCUGUGGUGGAAGAGGCGUUUCACCCUGAGCCUUACAGCCUAGAAGAAAUUGGGGGAAACCUGGGAAUUAACCCCACAGAGCUACGCACUAAGAUUCUUAGCCAGAACACCCAGGAUGUGACGACUUUUAAGUUAUACCAGCGUGCUAAGCAUGUGUACGCAGAAGCUGCCAGAGUUUUGCGAUUCAAGAAAAUCUGCGUGGAAGCACCUGACGAUGCGAUCGCAUUGCUGGGAGAUUUAAUGAACCAGAGCCAUGCCAGUUGCAGGGACUUGUACGAGUGCAGCUGCCCUGAACUAGAUCAGCUGGUGGACAUCUGUCUGCAGUCUGGAGCAGUUGGCUCACGCCUGACUGGGGCAGGAUGGGGUGGCUGCACUGUGUCAAUGGUUCCUGCGGACAAACUGGAAAGAUUCCUAGCAAAUGUGAAGGAGGCUUAUUACAGAAACGGUGGGCAAAGGUUAGCCCUGAAAGAAAACAGCCUCUUUGCCACCAAUCCUGGCAGAGGAGCUGAAAUUGUCUAUGAACUCUGAAGGAUGCCACAUUUUCGGAGGAGUUUGUACGCCACAGUAAACAAUUCAUUUUGCUGUUUUUCAUUACAUUAUAACGAACAAUAGCAAUAGCUAUUAUUAUGAUGGGUUUCCAAACUCACUCUCUCCCUCUCUCCCUCCCCCCCCCUCUCUCUCAAAAGCGCUAUUAAUCUUUCUAAUGUAUUAUUUCUUUCUUUCUUAAAAUAUGCUUCCAACAUAAUCAUCCAAAAUGUUGAUUUCUGUCUGGACUUUGCAAUAUAAAACACGAUUUGCCAAAAUGUAUCGGUUAAAAUUAUGGAAACGAACCAGAUUGGAAUUAAAGGGGAGGGGGGAAAAAGGC